GUGCCAGGCUGGCUACUAUGGAGACCCUGUGCUGGGAUCAGGCGACCACUGCCGGCCCUGCCUGUGCCCUGAUGGCCCCGAGAGCGGACGGCAGUUUGCCAGUGGCUGUUACCAGGACCCUGUCACACUGCAAGUCGUGUGUGUCUGCAGCGUGGGAUACAUAGGCAGUCGAUGUGAUGAAUGUGCGUCUGGCUUCUUUGGGAGCCCCGACGACGCUGGCGGCGCCUGCCAGCCGUGCCAGUGCAACAACAACAUCGACACCACUGACCCAGAGGCCUGUGAUAAGAGGACAGGAGCCUGCAUGAAGUGCCUGUAUCACACGGAGGGGGAGAACUGCCACCUCUGCAAGGAGGGCUACUACGGGAGUGCCCUGCAGCAGGACUGCAGAAAGUGUGUCUGCAACUACCUGGGCACGGUGCGGGAGGACUGCGAGGGCUCGGAGAGCUGCCGGUGCGAGGCAGCCACGGGGCAGUGCCACUGCCUCCCCAACGUGGUGGGACAGACCUGCGACCGCUGUGCCCCCAACACCUGGAGGUUGGCCAGUGGCACUGGCUGCGAGCAGUGCGACUGCGACCCCACGCGCUCCCUGGGCCCUGCCUGCAAUGAGUUCACUGGGCAGUGCCAGUGCAUGCCAGGCUUCGGAGGACGCACCUGCCGGGAGUGCCAGGAGCUCUUCUGGGGCGACCCAGAUGUGGAGUGCCAAGCUUGUGACUGCAACCCUCGAGGCAUCCAGACCCCCCAGUGUGACCGAGCCACUGGGCAGUGCCUCUGCAGCGAGGGGGUGGAAGGGCUGCGCUGCGACAAGUGCUCCCGGGGAUAUUCAGGCUUCUUCCCUGACUGUGUGCCCUGCCACCAGUGCUUUGCCCUCUGGGAUGUGAUCAUCAGCGAGCUGGCUAAUAGGACCCAGCAGUUCCUGGACAGGGCUAACACGCUCAAAGUCACUGGAGUCACUGGCCCAUACCAGCAGACACUCAGCACGCUGGAGGAAAAGCUCGGUGAAAUUAAAAUCAUCAUCACUCAAAAUCCAGCAGCUGAGCCCCUGAAGAACAUUGGGAACCUCUUUGAGGAAGCAGAAAAGCUGACAGCAGAUGUUACAGUUAAGAUAGCUGACAUAGAAGAAAACCUGUCAGCCUUAGCAGCAAAGAGCAAUAGCACAGACACUGACCUGAGCGUGCUGGAGACAGAUGCCAAGAGCCUGGACCACGUCGUGAAAGAACUUGCAGAACAGCUAGAGUUCAUCAAGAUCUCUGAUGUUCGGGGAGCCUUGGAUAGUAUCACCAAGUAUUUCCAGAUGUCCCUGGAGGCAGAGGAGAGGGUCAAUGCCUCCACUGUUCACCCUGACAGUGCCGUGGAGCUGUCGGCACAAACGCGGCAGCAAGUGGAAGACUUAAUCAAUACGAAGGAGGCUGAGUUCAAGGCUAAACAAGAGGAGCAGUCUCGCCUUCUGGAUGAACUGGCAGGAAAGCUGCAGAGCCUGGAUCUCUCCGAGGUGGCUGAGAAGACGUGUGGCACUGCCCCGGGAGCCUCCUGUGCCGAGUCGGAGUGCGGCGGGUUGAGCUGCAGGGAGGAUGGGAAGCAGAAGUGCGGCGGCCCCGGCUGCGAGGGACUGGUCACUGUGGCUCACAGUGCCUGGCAGAGAACUAUGGAUUUUGACAGAGACAUCCUCAGCGCCUUAGCAGAAGUCGAGCAACUCUCCAGAAUGGUUUCCGAGGCGAAACAGAGAGCGGAUGAGGCCAAACAAAAUGCACAAGCAGUUUUGCUCAAAACCAAUGCUACGAAAGAACAAGUGGACAGAAGCAACGAAGAUCUGAGAAAUCUUAUUAAACAGAUUAGAGACUUCCUAAUGCAAGACAGUGCUGACCUGGAUAGCAUCGAGGCAGUGGCUAAUGAAGUGCUGAACAUGGAGAUGCCAAGCACUCCCCAGCAGCUGCAAGCCCUGACAGAAGAUAUCCGUGAGCGUGUAGAAAGCCUUUCUGAUGUCGAGGUCAUUCUGCAGCAGAGUGCUGGAGACAUUGCCAGAGCAGAAAUGCUGCUGGAGGAAGCUAAAAAAGCAAGCAAAGGUGCCACAGAUGUUAAAGUCACUGCAGACAUGGUGAAAGCAGCACUGGAAGAAGCUGAAAAGGCUCAGAAUGCAGCUGAAAAAGCCAUCAAACAAGCUGACCAAGAUAUUAAAGGGACUGAAGACCUGCUGACCUCAAUUGCAUCUGAAAAUGCAGCAUCUGAAGAAACACUCAACAAUGCUACCUUACGUCUGUUUGCACUAGAGAGGAGUGUUGAAGACCUUAAGCAAAAGGCUGCUACAAAUUCAGACAACGUGGAGAAUAUAGAAAACAAAAUAGUUACUGCAAAACGAAAUGCUGAAGAAGUAAAAAAGGUCCUGAACUCCGAGCUGAGCGGCAAGUACCGGACGGUGGAGGAUCUCAUCGCCAAGAAGACAGAGGAGUCUGCCGGGGCUCGGAGGAAAGCCAGCGUGCUGCAAGAGGAAGCUAAAGCCUUGUUGGCUCAAGCAAACAGCAAACUCCAGCUGCUCCAAGACUUGGAAAAGAGAUAUGAAAACAAUCAGAGAGUUCUGGAAGACAAAGCCAAGCAGUUGGUGCAGCUGGAAGAGACAGUUCGCUCUCUCUUACAGACAAUCAGCCAGAAAGUUGCUGUUUAUAGCACUUGCUUAUAAAUGGGAGUGGGAAAUGCUGAUGGGUUUUUUACAAGUAUUACACUAGUUCUUUUUGACAUUACACUAAGACCUGAUAAGGUGAACAGGUUUUAUAUUGACUUUAAAGUCUCAGAACCAAAGAUAAGUAAUUUUUUGAUGUUGAAAAUAAACAGUACUUUUGUAUCACUGUAUGUACCUAGUAUGACUCGUUAAGUCCCUUCUUGUUUUCAGUAGCUGCAAUGGCACAUCAAUUAAUCCCUUAGCAAGUCUUGUUUUUAAAUGGUUAGAGAUCUAAUAAAAUCUGGGCUCCAACU